AUGAUGGCGAGUGACAGUUUAGGGCAGUACAAAGAAUACGGAUUCCACGCCCUAGUCAUUUGGGCCUCCCUUGGUGGUUUAGCAACGACUUUCUCUAUACACUUUCCCAUUGUUCAUUUCUUCAGAUACUGCCGUGAGAAUACCAGAAAUGAGGACCCAGGGUUUGAAAAAAUUCGCAAAAUCAAUCUGGCAUGUUGGUGUUCCAUAACUUUUCUGAUAACUGUAUCGAUGACAAUGUUGAUUAUUUUGGGAUUUUGGAUCCCUCAUAUCACCGGCCUACUGUGGCUAACAUCCAGCGUCAUCAGCAUCGUAGCUUAUAUUUUCCUCGUGGAGAAUAUAACAAGGAUUGUCUACAAUUUCUCUUCGAAGGCAGACCAAAUGGUGAAUAAUAUAAUUCGUAGAGCAGAAGUUAUCAUUGCCUCUAUCGAGGCUCAACGAGUAAGGAUCUAUGGUAGAUUUGGUCAAAUCGCUCUAAGGCCAUAUUUCGAGCAUCUCUAUAAACCUAUGGAUCAGUCGAGAAUUAAAGAAAUCAAGCAACAGGUUGAAAUGAAACAGAAAAUUAUAGAGAUAGUCGAAGAUCUGAUGAUGAUAUUGGUCUAUGUGAUUUUGCUGUAUAUGGUCAUUUUAAAAGACAAGGAUCCUAUGAUGCAAAUGAGUAAUGAGGAAGUCAAUGAUCUUGUCACAGGUCUGCAUUCUAGGACUCAAAAGGAUAUUACCAAUAGGAGAGAAAUUCAAGAGUACGUCCACGACACCCUGAUCUUCUCCACCCAAUCCCUGCAGUGGUACGGCAGGUACGUGACCCGUGAUCCUGGCGCGACCAUAGACAACGCCAACAAGUACAUCGGCGUCGUCAGGCUGCGCCAGGCCAGGUCGACCGGCGUCAGUUGCGCCGUCCCUGGCUCGACGGCGUUCCUGGCGAACGUCAGUUGCGUGCCAUCGUUUUCCGUGGGGCCGGAACGCGAGGAUUUCGGGGAGGGAUGGAAGAAGGGGGGGUUGGAGGAGCGAGUUCAGAGAAUGGGGAGCGUGUGGAGGUACAAGAAGGUGAAGGAGACUGGGACGCUGGGAUUUGUGGGAAAAUUCGGGACUUACCCUGGCUCAGGCUACGUAUCUCCUCUGGGUAGGAACAUGAAAAACUCCUUAAUCAACGCCAACUAUCUGUUUCGCAACAAUUGGUUGGACAGAUACACCAGAUGCUUGACAGUGGAAUUCCUCUUGUACUGCACAAACAGCAACCUUUUCAAUUCCGUUGAAGUGAGGUUCGAACUCAGCACCACCGGAUAUAUUAGGUCGAAAUUCAACGUCCGCACUGCUAGAUUGCUAUUCGUCAAAGAAACAACCAGUAUCUUGAUUUGGUUCACUCUCGCCGCAUUCGUUUUCAUAGUGUUCGUGUUCGUACUUAAGCUAAUCGUAAAAAUCGCCAAGAAGAAAAAGCUUAUAUUCAAGGACAUUUGGUACAUAGUCGACAUCCUGAUCAUCUCGAUGAGUCUCUGUUGCAUAUUCUUGUACAUGCACAGGACCCAUUUGGUGAAAAUCUUCUUAGAGAAACUAGAAAACGCUAAGCACAACGAGUUCAUCAACUACUUCCAUCUAUUCUACGCUGAAAACGUGCUGACUUCUCUGGCCGCCAUGUUGGUUUUCCUCGCUACCAUGAGGUUGUGGAAGCUGAUGAGGUUCUUGGUGAUCAUCAGGAUCGUGGAGAAAACCUUGGCCUUGUCGGCUGUGCCACUGUUCUGUCUGUUCAUUUGUCAUUUGGUGGUUCUGAUCAUGUUCACCUUUGCUGGCACAAUUCUAUUCGGAGACCAAGGUUUCGAUUUCAAGGAUAUACCAGACACGCUGAUGACGAUGACCUUGCUGAGUUUGUGUCUGCAUGAGAAGUUCGACAUGUCUGUUUUAAGAACCCCUCUCCACUACCUUUAUUACUCCCUCUACAUGGUUGUCAGUUUGUUUAUAGUCAAUCUCUUUGUCGCCAUCAUUACCAUUUGUUAUGGAGAUGCUCAGAUUUAUUACUCGAACGAUGACAGCUAUAGCGUUUUCCACUAUUUGAAAGAUCAGUUCAGUUAUUACACGGGGUUGCUGCAGAUAAGAGCUGAGACCUUGAGAGGGGGUAGUGAUAGUCGAAUUCCGGAGGCAAAACCAAUGGUCUCCCCCAAAGCAGACGAACAUAGAUAUGCCAAGUGUUUGACAGUACCGAAAACCAGAUUCGAUGGUAUGGUUACCGUUGCUCUAACUACUCUGAGGAACAAGUUAAAAAAAGAUACGUUGACUGAAGACAAUGAGGAUUUGAUGAAGAAGACCAUUGUGGAUCUGUUCAGAGACGAAACCGAGGACCAGGAGUUUUUUUUCAUCAGCAACAUCCAAGGUAGCAAGACGAGGUUGGUGGAUGAUUUGAAGUUUUUGAAGAUGGAGAAGAUUGUGGCACAGCUGCUGAACAAGUCUAGCGUACCUCAGUCCGAGAGAGAUGAAGAGUUGUACAAGGAGAUUUUGAAGAAGAAUAGUAGAAGAAUGGAUAGGAUAUCAAGCAAUCUUGAGGUUAUGCUGGAAGCUCUCAAGAAAAUUAAAUUCGAAUAA